UGAAGCUCUCCUCCAAUAUUCGGUUGUGUAUUUUAGAAGAAAUCAGCCUUACGGAUCCAUCGGUCCGAUCCGGAUCUGCGCGUCAUUGCGCGACUCCUCCAUCCUGUUGCAACAUCAGCUGCUGAUGAGGAGGGUGUAUCGCUCUCACCUCAGCCAUGCAUUCAUUAAGCAAGUCAGAGCCUCAGAGUUGAAGCGGCGCAGCGCAUUACGCCAAGAUGAGCAACACAGAAACACACGAGAACGACGUUAAGGGCGCCAAGAAGUGCAAACUAAGCAGCGAAACAGCAACUCUUCACCUCGAUGGCAUCCCUCCAGACACGCUCAAUAAGGUGCAGAAGUACCUGGAGCCUUUUCGUCUGUCUCUGGAGAAGCUGCAAGAGGUUUCUGUUCGGCUACGGAAAGAUAUGAAACGAGGUCUGGGGAAACACACGCAUCACAAGGCACCCGUCAAGAUGCUGCCCACCUUCGUGAGGGCAACACCGGAUGGGACGGAGCAAGGAGACUUCCUGGCCCUGGAUCUGGGUGGAACAAACUUCCGGGUGCUUCACGUCAGAAUAUCGGAGGAGGAGAAGAAAGUGAUCAAGAUGGACAGUCAGAUCUGCGCCAUCCCUCAGGAAAUCAUGCUGGGACCUGGAGUACAGCUGUUUGACCACAUCGCGGCCUGUCUUAGUGAGUUCCUCGACUCGCAGAACCUGAAAGGACAGACUCUUCCACUGGGGUUCACCUUCUCCUUUCCCUGUGAGCAGAAGGAAAUUGACAAGAGCAUCCUGAUCCGCUGGACUAAAGGCUUCAACUGCUCAGGGGUGGAGGGAGAAGAUGUGGUGAAGCUUCUGAAAGAGGCCAUCCAGAGGAGAGGGGACUACGACAUCGGGUCAGUGGCCAUGGUGAACGACACGGUGGGUACGAUGAUGAGCUGCGGCUACCGUGACCAGAGCUGCGAGAUUGGGAUGAUCAUCGGAACGGGAACCAACGCCUGCUACAUGGAGGAGAUGAAGAACGUAAAGCGUGUGGAGGGUGAGGAUGGACGGAUGUGCAUCAACACAGAGUGGGGCGGCUUCGGAGACGACGGCGCCCUCAGCGACAUCCACACUCAGGCCGACAAGGAGGUGGACAAGACUUCCAUCAACCCCGGAGUCCACAUCUUUGAGAAGAUGAUCAGUGGGAUGUACCUGGGGGAAAUAGUUCGGCUGGUGCUCUUGGAUCUGACGAAGGAGAAGCUGCUCUUUAAAGGGGAGGUGUCGGAGGCUCUGACUACUCCAGGAAAGUUUGAGACAAAGUUCAUCUCCGAGAUUGAGGAGCCGGACAAUGGCCUGGAAAAUGCCAAAAAGAUUCUGACCAAACUGGAUCUGAAGUGGGAUCUGGUUGACGCCCGCGUGGUGCGACUUGUCUGCGACACCAUCUCCUCACGCUCUGCUCGUCUCUGUGCGGCUGCAUUGGCAACUAUUGCCAAACGUAUUUGUGACAACCGAGGGCUGGAACAUCUGAAGACCACCGUAGGGGUCGAUGGAACGGUGUACAGAAAACACCCCAACUUCAGCGAUGAGCUCCAGGAAGUGGUGCACCUCCUCGCCCCCAAAUGCGAAAUCAAGUUUCUCGUCUCGGAGGACGGAAGUGGAAAAGGUGCUGCCAUGGUUACGGCUGUGGCUCAGAGGCUGGCUCUCACGUCGCGGCUAUUAGAGGACACCAGCAGUGAUGACGAAGAGGAGGAGGAAGAGGAGGAGAACGGGGAAGAUAAAUGAGAGAGGGCGGUUCAAGACAUUUUUUAGACAAACAAAUAUAAACAUUUUUUAAAAACCCUGCUGUAUUUUUUGUCUAUUUUUUAAAUGUUAUGUAAAAAUAACCGAUCGGCUGUUUUAAACUCUCCUUUAACAAAUAAAAUUCCAACUUGUUUUUGCUUUAGAACAUAAAUUAUCUAAUAAUGUUUCUGGAAGACGUUGAUUUGUAUUUGGAGAUUUUGAGCAACUUUAGCCCACCAGAGGGCCUUGUGAUCUCUAGCCUAGUCUAUUAAAGUUGUUGCUGAGUUUAA